CUGCUCCAGAGCGCUCAGGACCUCAGACUGCAGCGAAUACUCACAUAAAGAAGGAGGCCAGUAUAAAUAUAGGGAGCUGGAGACAGAGAUAAAGACAAAGUAAGAUGAACACCUACAGACUGAGAACAAUGUGGCUGCCCCUGCUUGUGUGCCAGCUUUGCCUGAUUCUGCGGAGUGAGGCCCAGACACCCAGCACUUUUUGCAACAUGCACUCAACAUUCAGACCACCAGUGAACUCGGACAUCACAGUGACCUGUGGUACUGAGGUUAUGGAGUUGAGUAUCUUGUUAUGCCCAGUCUACUUUGGUGGAUACAACGAAACCCUGAUGGCCCUCAACGCACAGUUCAUCUUCCCCGGGUGCCAUGGAAUACCUGACUGGAACAUUGACCCUCCAAUCCUGAAAUUCAAUCUGUCAAUAACUGCUGAUGCUGUGGCUGUCUGCUCCAACACAUUCAGGAUAACCAAUGAAGUUGGUACUGGGUUAUUUUCUGACUUCUCAAAUGUCCAGUUUGUUAAUAUAUCUGGCACCAUCAACUCGCUGGACCCCAGUGCAUCUAUUGUCACCUACCGCCGGCAGAUCAUCUACAUGUUCUCCUGUCGCUACCCUCUGCAGUAUCUGGUCAACAACAGUAAAGUCACAGUAUCGGGUGUGAGUCUUGCAGUGAGGGACAAUGAAGGCAGCUUUGUCAGUACACUGAGCAUGUGGCUCUACAGUGACACUGACUACACUCAGCAACUCAUUGUCCCAGAGAAUGGAAUAAAUCUGAAGACCAGAAUCUUUGUGGAGGUGAAAGCCACCAGUCUAACAGAGAGGUUCCACGUUCUGCUUGACCGAUGCUAUGCAACAACAAGUCCCGUUCCCAACAACAGCACCUACUAUGACCUCUUUGUUGGGUGUACACGUGAUAGAAAAACCAGGGUCGAGUUGAACGGAGCGUCUCAGAAUGCACACUUCUCCUUUGAGGCCUUCCGUUUCAUUGAACACAAGAACAUGACCAUCUCCACUUUCUACCUGCACUGUGUCACCCGACUCUGUGAGGUGUCCUCCUGCUCGUCCUUACUGCCCAACUGUUCAGGUUCCUCCAGGAAAAAGAGAGAAGCCCAGGGAGGGUUGGCCAACGACCAGGCCACAGUCUCCUCCGGACUCAUCAAGACCAAAGUGGACGACGGUCUUCCAACAGCUUCAUAAUUCUCAUUCCAGUCCCAGAGAAGCCCAACGGGCUUGUGGCUGUCAGUACUGCGGUGCUGGUUGUCAUUUGUCUCUCCAUGGCCCUGUUCAUUGGUCUUUUCCUGAGGAGUAGAAUGUUAUCCAUCCUCCAAUGAGAUUUGGUCUAGGACCAGGGAAACACUCAGUGGGGUACUUUACAUCCCCAGAGCACGUAGACAGCUGUUAUGAAGACACAAUACAGUGGCAGGUAAAAUGAGCAAAGGAUGGUUAGUUCUCAAUUUAUAAGUAAAGGAUGGUUAGUUCUCAAUUUAUGUAAAGGAUGGUUAGUUCUCAAUCCAUGAGCAAAGAAGGGUUAGUUCUCAAUUCAUGAGUAAAGGAUAGUUCAUUUUCAAUUAAUACGUAAAGGAUGGUUAGUUCUCAGUUCAUAAGCAAAGAAUGGUUAGUUCUCAGUUCGUAAGUAAAGGAUGGUUAGUUCUUAGUUCAUAAGUAAAUUAUGGUUAGUUUUCAAUUCAUGAGUAAAGGAUGGUUAGUUCUCAGUUCGUAAGUAAAGGAUGGUUAGUUCUUAGUUCAUAAGUAAAUUAUGGUUAGUUUUCAAUUCAUGAGUAAAGGAUGGUUAGUUCUCAGUUCAUAAGCAAAGAAUGGUUAGUUUCUCAGUUAAUAAGUAAAGGAUGGUUAGUUCUCAGUUCAUGAGUAAAGGAUGGUUAGUUCUCAGUUCAUGAGUAAAGGAUGGUUAGUUCUCAGUUCAUAAGCAAAGAAUGGUUAGUUCUCAGUUCGUAAGUAAAGGAUGUUUAGUUCUUAGUUCAUAAGUAAAUUAUGGUUAGAUUUCAAUUCAAGAGUAAAGGAUGGUUAGUUCUCAGUUCAUAAGCAAAGAAUGGUUAGUUUCUCAGUUAAUAAGUAAAGGAUGGUUAGUUCUCAGUUCAUGAGUAAAGGAUGGUUAGUUCUCAGUUCAUAAGUAAAGGAUGAUUAGUUCUCAGUUCAUGAGUAAAGGAUGGUUAGUUCUCAGUUCAUAAGUAAAGGAUGAUUAGUUCUCAGUUCAUGAGUAAAGGAUGGUUAGUUCUCAGUUCAUGAGUAAAGGAUGGUUAGUUCUCAGUUCAUAAGUAAAGGAUGAUUAGUUCUCAGUUCAUGAGUAAAGGAUGGUUAGUUCUCAGUUCAUGAGUAAAGGAUGGUUAGUUCUCAGUUCAUAAGUAAAGGAUGGUUAGUUCUCAGUUCAUAAGUAAAGGAUGGUUAGUUCUCAGUUCAUGAGUAAAGGAUGAUUAGUUCUCAGUUCGUAAGUAAAGGAUGGUUAGUUGUCAGUUCAUAAGUAAAGGAUGGUUAGUUCUCAGUUCAUGGAUUACAACGUUAUACGCGUUAGUGAGAAAGUAUCAAGCAACAUUUCAUGCAUAAUGAUACAGAAACAUAGCAUUUUAUAAUUGUAAGAAAGUGACAGCAGGGUACUAGAGGUAAUCAUCUUCUACACACCUAAAUGUAUAGUUCAUAAAUACGGCAUGUACAGAUUUUUUGUAUGAAUCUUUUGUAUGAUAGCUGACUAAUAAUCAGAGUAAAUUCUGUGUGAUAGCUAAAGGCCAGAGCAAAUGUUGAUUGCACUUGCUUGACAGAUGUGUAUUAAAGUACACAACAAAAAUAUAAACGCAACAUGUAAAGUGUUGGUCCCAUGUUUCAUGAGCUGAAAUAAAAAA